AUGCUGCUCCUGGUUAAGAUUUUGACCCUGCGAUUCGGGAUGCAAAACGAGACGGCGGUGGAUGAUGCUAUGGAUUGGGUCUGGAAUACUACAUUGGCGCCAAGCACUGUUUAUCGACGACCUGAGAUGUUCUACAACAUUGUCAACAUUUCAAAGGUGGUCCCGCUGGAUUGGGCAAUUCCCCUCUACGGAAAAGUUAUGCCACUCCUCGUCAUCGUCACCACGGUCACGAACUGCUUCAUCGUAUUUGCUGACUGGUUGGACCUCGAUCCCGUGGUUCGUGCACUACUACUCUUUAGGCGGCUA